ACCCGUAGCCAUGUGUAUCAUUUAAAUUUUUUUCCUAUAAUAAAUUUCUUUAAAUGCUACAGGGUCCCUUGAACCUCGUAAGGUUUGAAAAAACCAUUUAACAAUUAAAUAUUUAAAUAAAAAUCAUUUAGAAAUUAUAAUUCCCUUCUUAUUAGAAGUCAAAUUUGUGAAACAAAUUUUGUGCUGCCCCGGUAAAAUUUUUUUUUGCCUUAUAAACGCGUAAAUAAAAUUUCGUGCCAAUUUACAUGUAUAUUUAUUUAAAUUAACGUAGUAUUUGUCAAUUAUUGUAAUAAACAAAUAUCAUAUAUAAUACAUUAAUCCCAGUGGAAAAAAAAACUGUCAUUGAAGAAGUGUAUUUUUUCAAAGUAGAAAAAUAGAACAUUUAUCAAGUAGCUAGUCGGAAAAAUUUGUAUAUUAGUAAUUUGUGUAGUUUUUGUUUUACAUAUGUCGUAAUUAAUGCUGGAAGUACGUAGAAACAUGUUCUUUGGGGUUUGUGUUACUGUGGGAAUUGUCUUUUUGGCAUCCAAGUAUCGCGACAACGUAUUUCGGAGUGUCAAACAAUUUUGUCACAGUAUCACCAACACAAAUCGCAAGGAUGAUGAUGAAGAAAUCAAAGAAAAUGUUAAUAAAACGACAAAAGAAAUAAAACUUUCAUUAGACAAAGUUAUUUUGGCUGAUUCGCCAGAAAAAUGCGAUUACGCUGUUCAACGUAUUCGCGGGGACUUGUCGAACGGCAUAUUAGGCUUUGAUUGUGAAUGGGUCAAUGAAGGACCUGUUUCGUUACUUCAACUUGCCACUGAUAAUGGAGUUUGUGCUUUAUUUCGCAUUGGAAAAAUUGGCUAUGUUCCACCAAAAUUGAAAGAGCUGCUGUCAAAUAGACACCUUUUAAAAGUGGGCGUUGCUCCUUUCGAAGAUGGAAGAAAAUUAACAAAAGAUUAUGGAUGUAAAAUUUAUGGGACACUUGAUCUCAGGACUCUUGCAGAACGUCUUGAUCUUCCUAGUCCAAAAAGUUUGGCAGCAUUGAGCUUGGAAUAUCUUGGGCUUGAAUUGGAAAAAAUAAUGGAAAUUAGAUGCAGUGAUUGGAAUAAUGACACUCUUACAGAUGAUCAGAUAGCUUAUGCUUCAUAUGAUGCAUUGGCUUCAAUUUUCAUCUAUCACCAGAUCCUGCAAAGAGCGAAACGAAAACAAUCUCUGUGGCAAUAUUUCAUGCAGUUUUUUAAAAGCAUUUGGGAGAAAGAUGAAGAUGAAAAAUUUUACGGCUUACCUAAUGGCGUUCUUGACACGAGGUUCAAGGCUCAACGGGGUAGCGGUGUUAGUAGUACAACUUCAAAUAAUAAUAAUAAAUUAAAUCAAAUAAUAAAUAGAAAUAUUAAUGGAACAAACAAGAAUAACAUUCCUGCAAGAAAUAAACCUUUGUAUCAUAAUUGUUAUCUUCAAGCUCCAGAUGGAGAUACUUUGUGUACGUGUGAUCGUAAAAAAGCCGAAUGGUAUGUUGCAAAAGAAUUGGGACAAGUUGUCAAUGAAGAUCCAUAUACGGUGAAACUUAAAUUCGAACCGUCUGGACGUGCUUUAGGCGAAGUUGGUCAAUACUAUACUCAAGUGAAACUUAAUCAAUGUGUUGUUUGUGGUUCAGAUGAGAAAUUCGUCAGAAAAAAUGUUGUCCCAAGAGAAUAUCGCAAAUAUUUUCCACUUGUAAUGAAAGCGCAUCAAUCUCAUGAUGUAUUGCUGCUCUGUCCAUCAUGUCAUGAAGUGAGUAAUUAUCAUGAUGUUGAGUUAAGAAGACGAUUGUCACAAAUGUGUGAUGCUCCUCUACCUGGUCCGUCAACUCAUUCGCGAGAUGAAAUUCCUCGUGGAUGGCGAAGAUUGCAAUCUGCAGUCAAAGCACUUAGAGGUAAGGCCAUGAUUCCUGCACAAAGACGCAAGGAUCUUGAGUCUUACAUUCUGUCAUUUACUGGACAACGUGAAUUUUCGCCAAUGCUAUUAGACGUUCUUCACGAGCGACUCAAAAAUAGACCCGAGCCAAAAAUUACAACUAAAUGUGAACCACACGGUCUUCAGGUGGUGCGUCACUUUGAGAAAACAGAUGGUGGUCUAGUGGAACUUGAGAGGCUUUGGAGAGAACAUUUUCUAACUGUGAUGAAGCCACGGUUUCUUCCAAAAUUGUGGUCAGUCUGCCACAAUCAAGAACGACUUGCAAUACGUCAAACACAAAAUAGAAUAGAGCCACAGGAUGCAAGGGUAGCUGGAUUAGUGCAUUAAAAAAAGUAUUUUUUUUUUUCUAUAAAAGUAAUUUUAAAUCGUACCUGAAAGGACUCGUAUAAGAGCGAGUACUUUAAUUUUUUAUAAAGACUGUAUAAAUGAUUUCAAAAAUCAACUGUACUUAUUUAAUCAAAAUAAUUCAGUCUAAUUUAUAUUUAUUCAAAGUACAUAGUCUUUUUUAUAUUUAUAAAAUAAUUAUGUAAUGUGUAAUUUAAAAUGUAGUGUAAAUUAAAAAUUGUGUAGUGUAUAUAUAUAUAUAUUUUUGAACUGUAGUGUAAAAUUUUUUUUUUUGAAAUUUGUAAUGUAUAUUUGAAAGAUGUAGUGUAAUAUUUUUGUAAAACAAGUAAUGUAGAUGUAUUUUCAAAUGUAAAAAAAAAAAAUUCAAAAUAAUGUAAAAUGUAGUGUAAUUGAAAAAUUGUAAAACUAUAAUAAGGUGCUUUUUCACCUUGAAAUGUAAAAUUUCUCAUAUCAUUCGUAAAACAUUAAAAACAAAAAGGAACGAUUA